GUUGAUUUACGUUAUUUUUUUUAUAAGUCAUCAAAAUUAAAAUAUGUCAGACGUUUAUAAGGUUAUACAUCCUAAUAAAUACUUCAAUGACUACAUAUCUUUAAAUGUGAGACCCGAUGGAAGAAAAUUUGACGAACAGCGAAGUAUUAAAUUAAACGCCAAUGCCAUUAGUAAUGCAGAUGCUUCUGCACUUAUUAAAUGUGGAAAUACCACUGUUGUUUGUGGAAUAACAUUAGAAUUAGCAACACCUAAAGCUGAAGAACCUGAUCAUGGAUUUCUUGUAACUAAUGUUGAAUUAUUACCCUUAUGCUCUUCCAAGUUUAAGCCAGGACCUCCAUCCGACUAUGCUCAAGUAAUCAGCAAUACUGUUAAUGAUAUUAUCAAAAACUCAAAAUGCAUUGAUCUUAAGGACUUAUGUAUUGUUUCUGACAAGUUAGCAUGGGUUCUAUAUUGCGAUAUGGUGUGCUUGGAUAAUGAUGGAAGUAUUAUAGAUGCUUGCAUAACAACCUUAAUAACAAGUCUUAAAUCAUUAUCUUUGCCUGCUGUAUCAUUUGAUGUUGAAACAGAAGAAGUAAAAGUUGACAUUAGUAAUAAGACAUCAUUAAAAGUAACUGGAUUACCAGUAGCAACAAGUUUUGCAAUAUAUCAAUCUCCCGAAAGCAACCUUGUGCUAACCGAUCCAACCACAUUUGAAGAAGAAAUGUGUGGAGGUAUUGGAGCAAAUCUGAUAGUCUGCUGGAACCAAGGUCUUCUUUGUGGUGUUCAGAAGUAUGGAGGUGGUAAUAUACCAACAGAAAGUCAGAAAAAAUUACUUCAGGUUGCCAAGAAACGAAGCAAGCUCAUAGAGGAAGUCAUUGAAACUUGUCUAAGCUAAAUAAUAACUAAUAAAUAUUUUAAGCAGUCUUUACAUAACAA